GAGAGAGAGAGAGAGAGAGAGAGAGAGAGAGAGAGAGAGACUUGUAGACCGAGAAAACGUGCCUCAAGCAGCAAAAAGAAACGGAAGAGUGAAAAACCACCAUCGCUGCAACCGCAACGUACGAUGGAACUUCCUCCCUUCAACCACCACCACCACCGCCACCACCACCACCAACACAACAGGUAUGUUCCUCAUCCCCCUCCUCGCCCGUCUAAUUUCAUUCGCCCCCAACACCUUCCGCCGCCGCCUUCUUUACCAUCGUUGCCUCCACCACAGCCAUCAUACCGUCCCCUCCCCAUUCCUCCUCCUCCUCUACCACCCCCGCCACCGCCACCUCCUUACAAUCUCCACCAAUCCCAAUACACCUUCCGCAAUCACCAUAGCCACCCAAUUGAUGAUUACCCCAGAAGACCCCACCUUUCCGAGUCACCUAGGGUUUCUUCCAAUCCAGCUCUAUUCGAAGACCGUCUCAUCAUACCCGAUGAAAGUCUGUACCUAGAUCCCCGGGUGCCACCUAUGGAUCCGCCGGAGCACCACCCAACAAGGCCAAUCACUCUUGAUAUCAACCACGAGCCACCCAACCAAUACCGAUCCUCCUCGCUGUAUCAGCCCAUUGAUAAUUAUCAGCACGAUAGUGAACUUAGUUCGAGAUAUGGACAUGAAUUUAUUGAUGGGUUUAGGGACAAUAUACAGAAUUAUGGUAUACAACGUAGUUCUAGUUUCAGAGAUGAAUUUAUUGAUGGAUUUAGAGAUAAUAACAUUCAGAAGCAAGAACUUUUGUGGGACCAUAAAGAUAGUCGUCACGGUAAAGACGAUUAUAGCCACAAUGAUGGAUAUAUAUCAAACUCAGAUAGGUCUUCGAGGAAUUUUGGGUUUGGUGUUAAUUCUAAUCUGGUUUCUAAUACAGAAUCUUUAAGUGAUUUGAUGUCCAAUGUGGGAACUUAUGAAUCGAGUUAUGGUUUGUUCACCAAAAAUGAGAGGUUUUGGAACAAUAGGGAUGAAGGUCGGAGAUGGCAUUAUUUUAAAGAGGUACACGAUUCUCCAAUGGCAUUGGAAAACUAUGAGUGGGGCGAUAGUGAUAAGAUUGUAAGGGAGGUACCGUAUCUUCAUGAUUCGGCCAAAGUCAGUAAUAGAGAUGGGGGGGAAGGUACCCAAGACACCAUUCACACUCCAAAGAAGCAAACACAGAGGAAGAGUGCUCUGCUUAGGAUUCAGUCAUGCAAACCUAAUAGUAAUAGGAAUAGAAGCCAUGAGCAGCAUUUUUCUAAAGGCUACUUGGACUACAAUUAUUUUGAUCACAGAAACAUUGGCAGCUUUAGGGGUAAAGACAAAGAUGUUCUUGUGCAUCCAGAGCACAAAAUGGAGAAGGAGAGGGAUAAAAGCCCAGUAGAGCUUGAUGUUUCUUUUAAAUCUAAUGCACUUGUAGCCAAGGCUAUUGUGGCCCCAUCAGGUCCAGUGGUUGAGUCUUGUAGGAAUUUAACACCUAGGAAUAGGAAGAUUAAGAAAUUCAUAGUGUCUGAUCCACCAGCAACAAAAUUUGGUGAGGGUUGUGAUAAAUCGGACAGCUCCGCAAACAGGGCAGGUUGUCCAUCUAGUUCUGGGAAGGCCAUUAAACAGUCGGCAGAGAAGGUUACAGUUUCUGGAAAUGGUAUUGCAUGUGAUAUUGGUUCAGAACCUUGUUUUAGGGAGAACAUUGAUUCAGCUGAAAAUGGUCCAGUGAAGGGAUCUCGGAAGGGUUCGGUUUCAGAACAGGGUGGUAGCAUUUAUGGUUCAAUUGGAACACCUUCACAUGGGAUUAGGAAGAAGAAGAGAGCCCUUACCCUUCUUUCACAUACGUCAAGUUUGCAGCUAGAAAAAAGAGACGGUGAGCCUGUUAAUGUUGAUAGCUCCAUUAACAGUCCUGCUGCUGUCUCUCAAUCUGAUGAGGGUGUUAUCCAUUCAAAAGAGAAAGUUACUUCUGUUGGUAUGGCUAUGGUUCAUGAUGUUGUUUCUCUUCCUUGUCCAAAUGAACUAACUGUUAAUAAAAUGGAUGAAUCUCCACAACCUGUAGUUUCAGAGAAUUAUAGCGUUGACUUUGAUUCUAGUAGGCCAUGUGAACUGAGUUUUAAGAGAAAGAGAAGCACUGAAAUUGAUGAGGGAUCUGAGCAAGCAGAUGGAUCUAUUGAUGACUUUUUUCCCAUUUCAAAUUCUGACAUGUGUUCAGUUGAAUUACAAAAUAGGUUUAGUGUCUCUGGCAUUGAUAGGGUGGAUGAUGUUAGCCAGCAGGCUUGUCAGAAUGCAGUCCCUUUGUUGUUUGAGAUUGAUCUGGUUAAAGGAUCUUCAGAAGGUAUGGCAUCAGUUGAAUGCAAUGGUACUAAUGGCUUGUCAAGGCAGCAGGAAAACAAAAUUCAUGAAGGUGCCAUAUCUACAUUUGCAUUUGUCCAUGGUCCAUGUAAUAUGUCGAGUUCUGAUUAUGUAUGUAGUAGAACACAACGAAAUGAUGCCAUUUCUGAUGCGGACUGUGUGGAUGCUGGUUCCAAGAAGUUUUCUCUAAAUCAGGUCAAUGUCCCACUAGUAGAUGAUAUAGUGGAAGAAUCUUCAACUGCUGUUCUCUCGGUGGGAGGUAAUGAUAAUCUUGUUUUGCCUAAUGAGAAAGCCAGAAUUCAAGAGGAUACCACAGUUGCAGAUAGCUCCAACCAUAUCCGAAGUACAUUGUUGAAUUCUAACAGUAGUGUUACCGAUUCUCAAGGUAUUAGUAUUCUUUCUAGCACUAGUCUUGCAGAUGAUAGGAACAAUCAGUCACAUCUAGAUAAAGCCGCUAAAUUACUUGAGCAUGAUCCCGUGGAGGGAUCUUCAAAGGCUAGAGUUUUGGUGGGAGACAAUCUUACUGUUAUUUCUGGUAAGAGUUAUUCAGCAAAAGUCAGGAGGAAGAGGAAAGCUAGGAAUACUCAGUUGGAUUUGUCAAGUCCAGGGAGAAGUGACAUGCCUGUUACUGUAGCUACCUCUGGACGUGAUGUAGAUAAAACCUCAAGCUCUCCUGUCAAGGAUCUUGUUUCUGUGGAAGAGGAACUUACUGUUUCUCAUGGUGGGGACAGUGUUUUGCUUGGCAACAGUUUAAAGCAAGGGUCAUCUGGGGAUGGGCUUUCAGUUGGAGGCGAUGUUAAUGUUGGUUCAGAUGGUACCAGUCCUAAGUACAAGAAGAAGCGAAAUUUUUUUGCCCCAGGUUUGUCUUUUCCGGCGCUAUCAGAGAUGCAUGAGGGACAUGUCAGUGCUGAAACUUCCACACCCUUUUCAGAAGUGCCCUCAAAUGUUGAACAUGGUACAACAAAAUCAGAUGAUAAACUUGCAGUGUCUACCAUUGAUACAGUCUGUUCAGCUGGUUUGCCACCUUGUUCAAUGCCAAUCACUGUGUUUUUUGGAAACAAUUGGGCAAGAGGAUCAUUUGGGGCUGACUCAAUGGGAGAUGGCUUUAGGUUUGAUUUUUUAAAACUAAGGCAGGAUUCUCCUUGUCCAUCUGGACUGGGAGCUGAUCAGAAAGAACAUGCAACUAUGGUUAUGGGCACAACCAAUCAUGGGGAUGACUUUAUUGAUACAGAAAGCAGAAACAGAGGAGAAAACCAUGCUGAUGCACAUACUGUGCAAGAGCUUAGGAUGCAUCAUACCGAGGAUACUCAAUAUAGACUUGCUUUAGAAGUGCAGACUCCAGAAUCAGAUGAGAGACUGCCCAGUACAGAUAUUCAAAGUGACAAUUAUCUGGUUGUGAAGGAUGAUUUGCAUUCUUUAUCUAAAAAUCGGUCGUUAUGUUCACAUGGUGAUGAUGUCUCUGCUACCAACUCCAGUGAUGAAUUCGUGGAUUCGGUGUCUGACACUCUAUCCAAAAUGGGUUCUCCAGAAAACUUACCCAUUGUCUCUGGCUCACAGAUGAUGAGGACCACGUUAUCUCACAGCCUGAUAUCCAAUGAAGCAGUUUGUGGGGAUGACAAAAAAGUUUAUGAGAAGCCUGUGUCUGGUGGUUCUGUAUCAUUUACCCUCAGCACAGCUUCAGACAAUGCCAAAAUUAAUGUGAAAUCAGAUUCUGCUAUGGUAAGGGUUCUCUCUGUCAAUACCAAGACUGAAUUGAUUAUACCCAAGGAUACCAAUAAAUCAACUCAGGAUUUGAACCCGGUGAGGAUGAACUCAAAUUGGAGAAAGAAUCAGCCAAGUUCUGCAGUUGGAAGGGCUUUUCCAGGGCAACCGUCUUCAAAAUUUACCAUUUCAAGGAAGGAAGCCCCUUCAAACCACAUUGCAAAACCUAGAACCUGGCAUCGAACUGGUAACUCAACUGCUUUUCCUAUUACAGGAGCGAAGCCACUCUCAGGUUUGAUUCCUCCACCAAGGCCACCUGUAAAAAAAGUUGCGAACAUCCAGAGUUCCUAUAUUCGUAAAGGUAACAGUCUGGUAAGAAAACCAUCUCCAGUCACUGCCCUUUCCCAUGGUUCCCAUGAUUCUAGUUCCUCUGCAUAUAGGCUGUAUCCUUCAGGUGUAGAUGAAUUAGAAAAGAGCAAAGGAUCCAGAAAUAGGGUUAGUGUUGCUGACUCACCAGGUUCCUUGAAAAUGGGAGAAUCAAAUGCUCCUUCUGAGAGUUCCAGAACACCUCCACUAUCCUGCAGUACCAAAUCAUUAGAUUGUGCAACCCUCUAUGUAGGAGAUUCUACAUCUUUGCCUAUGGCUGAUCCUUCCCCAAAUGAUUGUCCCACAUCUACAUUGGAUCCUGUGGAACUUUCAGAGAAAAUGGAUGUGCAGCCUUCUGAGGAUGCUCUAAAAACUUCUGGGACUCCUGAAUAUGAAACCGCUCCAAUCAACAAUUUGGAAAACCAGCACAUGCUAGAUGAAGGGAACUCGGGGAAGGAGAUGAUAUAUGUAAAGCGAAAAUCAAAUCAGUUGGUUGCAGCUUCAAAUUCUAGUGAUCUGUUGCUUCAGGCUGUAGAUAGGACUCAAGCACCAUCAUCUGAUGGCUACUACAAGAGGAGGAAAAAUCAGCUCAUCAGAACAUCAGUGCGAAAUUAUUUCAAGCAAGGAGUUGCAAUCCCUGAUGAUACUUUAAACUUGGAGGGGAAAAUGGCUCUCAAAGUUAUUCCAAGCAGAAGUUCUAGCAAGAGACAUGGUGGUAAAGGUUCAGGAAAGAAAUUUAAACCGUCAAAGUUCUCUUGGGUGUGGACGCUUGUGGGUACAAAGCCAUCCAGGAAAGAUGGUAAUUCACUAUCAUGUCAGAAGGUGUGGCCACAUCUAUUCCCAUGGAAAAGAGCUACGUACUGGAGAAGCUUCAUGCACGAUGCAGCUUCCAAUUCCAAUUACAGUUCCUUGUCGACAAUCAGUCGGAAAUUGUUGCUUUCAAGAAAGAGAGAUACCAUUUACACAAGGUCGACCCAUGGUUUUUCUCUUCGAAGAUCCAAGGUGUUAAGUGUUGGUGGCUCUAGUUUGAAGUGGUCAAAAUCCAUCGAAAGGAACUCAAAGAAAGCCAAUGAGGAAGCUACCCUAGCUGUUGCUGCAGCAGAGAAGAGAAAGAGAGAACAAAAUGGUUCUGCUUGUGGUAUCGACGAGACAAAGAGCAAAAGUCGUGGUUCCCGUAAGUCAGUUCAUGGAGAGCGUGUAUUCCGUAUUGGUUCAGUCCGAUACAAGAUGGAUCCAACAAGAAGGACCCUUCAGAGGCUUUCAGAUGAGGAUCCUUCGUGCUUGGCUGCUACCCAAUUGGAAAAGAGAUCCAAGAAAUCUUAUGUUCCAAGAAGACUAAUGAUUGGCAAUGAUGAAUAUGUGCGAAUUGGCAAUGGUAACCAGCUUAUUAGAGACCCAAAAAAACGAACUCGCAUCUUGGCAAGUGAGAAAGUUCGAUGGAGUUUACACACUGCUAGAUUGCGAUUAGCUAGAAAGAGGAAGUAUUGUCAGUUUUUUACAAGGUUUGGCAAGUGUAACAAGGAUGAUGGAAAAUGUCCCUAUAUCCAUGAUCUGGGUAAAAUCGUUGUAUGCACAAAAUUUCUGAAUGGUUCAUGCACCAAUCCCAACUGCAAAUUGACUCACAAGGUCAUUCCCGAGAGGAUGCAGGAUUGUUCCUAUUUUCUGCAAGGAUUAUGCUCCAAUGAAAACUGUCCCUAUAGACACGUAAAUGUGAAUCCAAAUUCCUCUAUAUGUGAAGGUUUUCUCAAGGGCUAUUGUGCCAAGGGAAAUGAGGUAUUUCUUGAAUUCAGUUUGUUAUUUUUACUCCAUGAAUUGUUUUUCUUUUUGUUGGAAAAACAAGUUUGGAAACAAGCACUUGACAAGAAGUUGAUUACUUCCACCUUAUUGAGUUCUUUUUUUAGUCAAUUGACUGGUUACGAAUUUCUACCCUCAAUUAUUAGGUUCGGUUUAACCUGUGAUGUUUACUUGAUUUUUGUGUCCAACUUUGCUCAAUGUAGUUGCCAUUGAAAAAAGCGUUAAAUGAUUUAUAGUGAUUUUCUAUCUUGGCUCGACUUGGCUUGUGUUAUGGGCUGAUGUAGUUUGUCAUAACUUCUGGCGUUUGUAGUUGAAUAACUGCAACAUUAUACCGUCUUUAUCCCCUCCCCCUCACCUCUCUUUGUCCCUCACUCUCAGACACACACCACACUCCACACUCCACACUCCACACUCCACACUCCACAAUGCCCUAGUCUUUAAACUUGUGAAGUGUAGCUACGUAUCUCUAAACUUGCAGUGUCGAAAGAAGCACACGUACGUCUGCCCUGCCUUUGAAGCAACCGGAGUCUGUUCUCAAGGUUCUAAAUGCAAGCUUCACCACCCUAAAAACCGAAAGAAGGGAAUGAAAAGGAGAUUUUCAAGCGAACGCAAGAAUGCUCGAGGGCGUUACUUUGGUUCUAGGCAUAUUGACAUUUCUGAGUGCACUACAGCUGUGUCUGAAAAGCACUCAGCAAAGGAUGAUCACAACAUUUUUUUUCAAGGAUUGUUUGCUGAUUAUAUUAGCUUAGGGGUAAGUGAUGAAGAAGCUGAACAAACGAAUGAUCCAACUAACGAGCAAGCAACCAUGCGUGACAGUAACUCUUCAGAUUUACAAGUAGCUGAUCUUGAUGAGCUGACUAAACCAAUCCGCAUUAUGAAUAAAAAUCCAAUGGCACAGUCCUUUCUGGCCAUUGGCAGCCCAAAUGAGAUGUCCACAAGCUAUGUCUCAGAGGACUCUAAUUGUUGUAGAUAAGGUACUUCAGUGAGGUAUAACCCCCACCCCCAGGUUUGAUUUUGUUGUAUAUUAUGAUUUUUUGUGUUAGUUACCAUGUGCAAAAGUGUUAAUAGGAUUACAUAAUUGAUGUUACAAGAAGUUUAUUUUGUUCCAAUGAGCAAUGAAAG